CACAGGGCUUUCAGUCCAUCGCUUUAUAAAAUCAUCGACAGCGACUUGAUAUAAUCUACGUCUGUUAUUCAAAACCGGGACAUACGCUUGUUUUCAUGUACAUGGUAAUUAUAGUUUUGCUGGUUUCAGUUUCUGGUUAAUAUUUCAAGAAUUCCGAAGGCUCUGUGUUUGCUGCUGAGAUGUCUGGUCUUUUGUUCUUCGUGCUGAUGGCGCACACCGCUUAUGGAGACGUGAGCUAUUCUUUUCCGGAGGAGAUGAAACGAGGAUCUGUGAUUGGAAAUAUAGCAAAGGAUCUCGGGCUCGAUGUGAACAGACUGUCAUCUCGUAAGGCUCGAAUUGAUGCUGAAGGUAACAGAAAACGAUACUGUGAUAUUAAUCUGAAUACUGGAGAACUGACCGUAGCGGAGAGAAUCGACAGAGAGGAGAUCUGCGGGGACAGGCUGUCGUGUGUUUUAAAAUUUGAGUUAAUGCUAGAAGAUCCAUUAGAGCUGCAUCGAGUUUCGGUUCAAAUACAGGAUAUUAACGAUAAUUCACCGGGUUUCUCAAAGGACUUGAUAACAUUUGAAAUAAGUGAGUCAGCUCUUAGAGGUACUCGUUAUCGCUUGAAUGCGGCUCAUGAUGCUGAUAUAGAUCAGAAUACAGUUCAGAGAUACAGUCUACAGAAGAAUGACAAUUUUCAGUUAAGCGUAAGUACAAAUGUAGACGGGAAAAAAAAAUUGGAAUUCGUCUUAGAGAAAGAAUUAGAUCGUGAGCAGCAGAAAGAGAUAUCUUUAAUAGUGACCGCGGUAGACGGCGGGACUCCACCGAGAUCAGGUACUGUAGUCAUACACGUCACUGUGCUGGAUGCUAAUGAUAAUGCUCCAGUCUUUAGUCAGGACGUCUAUAAAGUCAGUCUACCUGAAAAUUCUCCUCUAGAUACUGUAGUGGUGACAGUGAGCGCUACUGAUGCUGACGAGGGACAAAACGGAGAAGUCACCUAUGAGUUUGGUCGUAUUUCUGAUAGAGCUAGAAAGCUGUUCUCGUUGGAUUCAAAUACAGGUGCCAUUCGAGUUACAGGUUCACUUGAUUUUGAGGACGAAGCCAUGUAUGAAUUACUAGUUGAAGGAAAAGAUGUAUUUGGUUUAUCCAGUGAUGCUAAAGUUGUAAUAGAAAUAUCAGACGUUAAUGACAAUGCUCCUGAGAUACGAGUGAAAUCUUUGCGUAGCCCCGUUCCGAGAACCGUUCCCGGUACAGAGGUCGGCAUCAUUAAUGUUCAGGACAGAGACUCGGAGAAUAACGGACAGGUGCGCUGCUCCAUUCAGCAAAACGUUCCGUUUAAACUCGUUCCUUCGAUCAAGAAUUACUAUUCUCUGGUGACCACAGGUGAAUUAGACCGAGAGCUGCUCUCUGAUUAUAAUAUUACAAUUACUGCUACUGAUGAGGGCUCUCCGCCUUUAUCUUCCUCUAAGAAUAUUCACCUGACUGUAGCUGACGUGAAUGAUAAUCCACCUGUAUUUCAGGAGCAGAGUUACAGAGCUCACGUACAAGAAAAUAAUAAAGCGGGCUCCUCUAUUUGUUCAGUAUCAGCUACAGACCCGGACUGGAGACAGAAUGGCACUGUAGUUUAUUCUCUCUUGUCUUCUGAUGUUAACGGCAAGCCGGUGUCCUCGUUUCUGUCCGUUAACGGAGACACCGGGGUCGUUCAUGCCGUGAGGUCGUUUGAUUACGAACAGAUGAAAAGUUUGAAAGUGCUGGUGUUAGCCAGAGACAACGGCUCUCCUCCUCUGAGCAGUAACGUGACCGUGAGCGUCUUCAUAACGGAUGAGAACGACAACUCUCCUCAGAUAUUAUACCCCUCUCCGGAAGGAAACUCCUUCAUGACCGAGAUGGUGCCCAAAGCUGCUCAGGCGCGCUCCCUGGUCUCCAAGGUGAUCGCCGUGGACGCGGAUUCCGGUCAGAACGCGUGGCUCUCGUAUCACAUUAUUAAAGCCACAGAUCCGGGACUUUUCACUAUCGGUGUCCACAGCGGAGAGAUCAGGACGCAGCGGGACAUUUCUGAAUCUGACAGCAUGAAACAGAACCUGAUUGUGUCCGUGAGAGAUAACGGACAGCCCUCUCUCUCAGCCACGUGCUCGUUGUAUUUACUGAUAUCAGAUAACUUGGCUGAAGUCCCGGAACUGAAAGACAUGUCUCGAGACGAGAGCGGCUCCAAACUGACGUUUUAUUUGAUCGUCGCGCUGGUGUCCGUUUCCACUUUCUUCCUGACCUUCCUUAUCAUCAUCCUCGCCGUGAGGUUUUGUCGCAGGAGAAAGCCCAGACUGUUGUUUGAUGGAGCUGUAGCCAUUCCCAGCGCGUAUCUUCCUCCAAAUUACGCAGAGGGAGGCGCGGGAACUCUCCGCAGCGCGUACAAUUAUGACGCGUACCUGACCACGGGCUCGCGCACCAGUGACUUCAAGUUCAUCAGAUCUUAUAAUGAAGAAACACUGACCUCUGACCUGACUCUGAGAAAGACUCAGUCUGCUGUGGAUGAUCUUGAAGGACUUGAUGCGGAAAUGAACGAUUCUUUUCAGGUAGGACUGUUUUCUAAGUAUUUUUGA